AACACCAUUCAGGUUGGCCCGACUCCUGAGUUGUGGACUCCGGAUGUAUGAACAAGUCGGUGGCAGCUGAGGUGGCCAGCCUCGUCACUUAGUUUUCCCUCUCCUGGUGAUUAUGUACAAGAUUAAAUAGAAUGAAAAACAAAUGAUUCAUCCCAUUUCCCAUUCGUGCAUUCCCCCGUUCGUUUCUUCUCCCACUCCACAUAAUAGUAUACUACUACACACACACAAUGCAUCCAUCGUUAACAUUAGUGGUGUGAGGCAAAUUUCACCAGAUCGACUAGAGAGCCAUUCUCUUUUACCUUUCUACGAUUUCCUGUCGUUUUCCUUUUCCUCAGUCUUUAUCUCUCCCCCAACCUCGCCCUUGCUGGACAAACGAACCAACACCGAUGCCUUACUGGGUCACUGCCAUGUUCUGGCACUGCCUUGCCGGCAUUUGACUUGCAGCUCGGGUCCUCAGCUUUGUUCCGGGAUUGGAUGUGAUGGCUACACAGGGCUCCCGGCUGAUCUUGAUCUACUUGCAUCGAUGCCGAUCGUGAGGACCGAUCAUGAGAACGCGGAUCAUCCAUCUAGGUAGCUUAUUUGCUUUUUUUUUGCUUUCAUCAUUGUGCCUCAUUCAAGGCAAGACUUGUCACCUUUCGCCUCCCGUCCUGUGAGGGGGUUGGCCAGUGAAAGGUAGAUCUGAAGCCUCUGAUUGCUUCCUUUCGUCUGUACCUGUACGAAGAGUUACAUUCCUCCACCCCUCCCA